AUGAGUAGACCGUUCUUGUUGCAACUGCUCUUCACAUUAUGCCUUUCAUACGCCUUAAUACCCGUCGCUAUGAUGGAAAAUGGAGCGACCGAAGGAAAUAACUCCAGAAAACCACAUAUUAUUAUUAUCCUCGCAGAUGAUUUGGGCUGGAACGACGUUAGCUUCCAUGGUUCCGACCAAAUCCCGACGCCAAAUAUCGACGCUCUCGCAUAUUAUGGAGUUAUCCUGAACAAUCAUUAUGUAUCAUCAUUAUGCACGCCAAGUAGAGCAGCCUUAAUGACUGGGAAGUAUCCAAUCCGUACAGGCAUGCAACACAGUGUUAUAUGUCCGUCAGAACCACGCGGACUUCCACUAACAGAGAAGUUGAUGCCGGAGUAUUUGAAGGAAUUGGGUUACUCAACAAAUAUAGUGGGUAAAUGGCACUUAGGUUUCUACAAACACGAGUACACGCCGCUUUAUCGUGGCUUCGAUACGCAUUUUGGUUACUGGAACGGUCUCCAAGAUUAUUAUAGUCAUGAAGUAAUAGAGCCAGUUACAAACUUUCGAGGCAUGGACAUGAGAUGGAAUAUGGAGGUCGCAUGGGACACAAAAGGCAACUAUUCAACAGAUCUCUUCACCGAGGAAGCAGUACGCUUAAUUAAUGCUCACAAUCCCGAUAAACCAUUGUUCUUAUACCUGUCUCAAAUUGCUCCCCACAGUGGAAAUGAGGAGCAGUUACUACAAGCUCCUCCCGAAGAGAUCGAAAAAUUCUUCUACAUCACCGAUCCAAAUAGAAGAAUUUAUGCUGCCAUGGUUUCUAAAUUGGAUGAUAGCGUCGGUGAAGUCAUGAAAGCCUUGAAAAAUCGCAAUAUGUUGAAUAAUAGCAUUAUCCUUUUCAUGUCUGAUAAUGGUGCGCCCACUUAUGGAUUUCUGAAUAAUUAUGGCAGUAAUUAUCCCUUGCGUGGAAUUAAAAAUACCGCUUGGGAAGGCGCCGUGCGAAGCGUAGCCGCAAUUUGGAGCCCUCUAAUCAAGAAACGCGAGCGGGUCUCGAACCACUUAAUAUAUAUAGCCGAUUGGUUGCCCACUUUGUUGUCCGCCGCCGGCAGAAGCAAGGAAAAAAUUGGCAAGAUCGAUGGCCUCGAUAUGUGGCCGACGAUUGUAUCCGACGAGACUAAUCCCAGAGAAGAAGUUCUGAUAAAUAUCGACAAAACGUACCAGGCCAUUCGUAAUCGAAAAUACAAGUACGUACAUGUUCAGACCAAGGAAAGCUUUAAGUGGACAGGAGAUAGCGGAAGAAGCCCGACUGAGAAACGAUCACCGUAUCCGCCUGAGACAGUGUUACAUAGCAAAGCAGGAGUUGCCAUUGCUUCAGUGACUAACAAUACCGCUGAACUUAAUUCUCAGAAGAUCCUACAGUUAAGACAGCAGGCGGAAGUCCAUUGCAACGUUAUGGAAAAGGAGAAGGUUGCGUGUAAUGUACGGCUUACGCCAUGUCUCUUUGAUUUGGAAAGAGAUCCUUGCGAGAAGAUGAACAUUAUUGCAAAAAAACCCUACGUUGCGCAGAAAUUGAAGACAGCUUUGAAGCAGCAUAAAUCAACUAUGUUACCGCCGAACAACAUGAACAAUGAUCUGAAAGCAGAUCCUAUACGAUGGAAUCAUACAUGGGUGUGCUGGCAGGAUCCCAAUCCCAAUGUUACUAUCUACACGAGGAAAAUUGAUUCACAUGCAAGCAUAUCUGUCACGAUUGCGUUCUGUACUGUCGUGUUGUCCCUAAUUUUAGUGUUCUAUUCGUACGAGUUGUACAAAUCUAAGAAAUGUAGUUCGCCCGUUCACGAGCAGUCCCGCAAACGAUUCUUGACAAACAAGAGCGAUGUAUGGAAAGAGGAGGAUUUGGCGCUGAAUGAUAUGUCUAGAACGAUUUAA